AUGAGCACAAAUACAACAACAUGGCAAUCAUCCACAAAUAAACAACAAUACAAGCACCUCCAUCGAUCGGCAACACAGAUACAGAGCCAAUGGAGAGGUCAUAAAACAAGGAAACAGAUCACAGAUUGGGCAAUGAAGGAAUUUGAAAAUAUUGUGAUGGAGAUCGAAGGAAAGGAUUCGGAAAUAUCUUGGAAUUCAUCGAAUGAGGAUGAAAAUGAUUUGGAUAGGAUUCUAUCAAACUUUGUAAAUAGGAAUGAUGCUUCACCUUCAUCGUCAUCAAAUGAACCAUCUAAUCAACCAAUAUUCAUGAAGAAUGCUCAGAAAUUAUUCGAGGAAAAACUGAAAGAAGCAUUUCAGGAACCCUCGGUUCAAACCCCAGAACCUCAAACUCUAAAUACUGGUAUGAAUACAUCCGUAAUGAACAUUCCUAAAAUUACAAAAGAACAGGAAAUUCAAACAGAAACACUCAGAACCUCAAUAAUAUCUAAAGAACCUCUGCAAGCAAUAACUCCUCAAAAUAGAAGACUUGUGACAGUUUCCACAAACACCAGUAUUGCAUUUGAUGGAAUUCCAAAAAUUCAAGAACAAAAAACUCAAGAUUUAUCUAUUGAAAUACCUCUCGAAGAUACUUCAUCAGUUCAAUCACAAGAAGAUUUGUCAGACAUGUUAGAUGAAAGUGCCAUAAUGAUGUCUAAUUUGGACAUGCUUAAAAGUUUUGAUUUCUCAGAAAUGAAGAAAUCAUCAGAUAGCACCAUUUCAACCCAGGCACCAACCAAAUCAAAGGAGCCAUUCAUGCCUCAACAACCAAUUCAAUCAAAACAAAAUGUUUCAAACGAUUUCAGUACAACUAGAUUGAAACAGAGCCAAGAAAUUCCACCAUCCAAAAACAACUCUAUCCUUUCCAAUAAUAAUACUACCAACAAUUCUAUCAAGUCCAAUUUGACUGCCUCUGUAAAUCAAACCACUCCCUCACCUAGCUCAUCACAAACUAGUGAAAAAUUGCAACAACAGCAAAAACAAGCCAAACAAGAAUUACAACAACAAAUGAACAUGCUACGAUAUGAAAUUCAAUUGGCUGAGGAAGCCUAUUCGAGGAGAAAAAAGGAACUUGUUGAAGAAAGGAAGAGGCACAUUAGGUAA